CCGCUGGGUCACAUGACCUGUUUUCCGCUCUUCAGCAUUUUUACUUUCCCCUAAACCUUACAGUCACAGUGUUCUCUCAGAGCGCUGAGCUGUGGGGGUUUGUAGGGAGUUUAUAGGGGGUUUGUAACGCGGUUAUUCUAUAUUAAAGCUGUAUCAUGUUUCAGACUGAGAGGAGGUUUCUCCGGCUGCUGUUCCUGCUCUGUAUUCUCCACUAUGAAGCAGGACAAGUGUUUGGAGUGUGGCCAAUGCCCCAGCAGAUCACCCAGUCUACAGACAGGUACCUCCUGAGUCCUCAGAGCUUCUCCUUCAGCUACUCCAAAGACUCAGCUGCUCAGAGCGGCUGCUCCGUCCUGGACUCUGCCUUCAAAAGAUACUACAGCCUGAUCUUCCCAGACGCUGCUGAUGGAGCACGAUUCAGCAACAUUUGGAUGGAUCCAACGCCCUUUACAGUGUCAGUCAGUGUCAAAAGCGGAGAGUGUGAUGGAUAUCCCGAUGAAGGGUCAGAUGAAAGCUAUAACCUGAGCGUGGCUGCAGGUGCAGCUGCAUUGAAGGCACAGUCAGUAUGGGGAGCACUGAGAGGUCUGGAGUCCUUCAGUCAGCUGGUAUACCAGGAUAAAUACAACAUGUAUUUUGUUAAUAAGACUGAAAUUCAGGACUUCCCACGCUUCGAGUUUAGAGGGCUUUUGCUGGACACUUCAAGGCAUUAUUUACCUCUGAACGCCAUUCUGAAAACUCUGGAUGCCAUGGCCUAUAGUAAAUUCAAUGUGUUUCACUGGCACAUUGUGGAUGACCCUUCAUUCCCAUACCAGAGCUACAGUUAUCCGGACCUUAGCAGCAAGGGAGCUUUUCACCCGAUGACCCAUAUUUACACACAGUCAGAUGUAAAGAGGGUAAUUUCUCAUGCCAGAAUGAGAGGAAUCAGGGUGAUACCAGAGUUCGACACUCCAGGACACACCCAGUCAUGGGGUAAAGGGCAGCCAAACCUGCUAACUCCCUGCUAUAAAGGAGACGUUCCGUCUGGAACAUUUGGUCCCGUCAAUCCAAUUUUGGAUUCGACCUACCAGUUCAUGAGUGGCCUUUUUAAAGAGAUGAAAUCAGUCUUUCCCGAUUCCUAUGUGCAUUUGGGUGGAGAUGAGGUUAAUUUUGCUUGCUGGAAGUCCAAUCCUAACGUGCGGGCGUUCAUGACAAAGAUGGGCUUUGGACAUGAUUACACCAAACUGGAAUCAUACUACAUAGAAAACAUUGUAAACAUCAGUUCUGCACUCAACAAGACCCCCAUUGUUUGGCAGGAUGUGUUUGACUACCGUGAAAGGAUCCCUAAGGACACAGUGCUGGAGAUCUGGAAAGGAGUUCCUGCAGAUUACCGAACUGAGCUGGCCAAAAUCACUCACGCUGGGUACAGGGUACUGCUUUCGGCCCCUUGGUACAUCAACCAUAUCAGCUACGGGCAGGACUGGCGCAAUUCCUACACUGUGCAGCCCCAGAACUUCUCCGGCACAGACCAGCAGAAGGCGCUGGUGAUUGGUGGUGAGGUCUGCAUGUGGGGAGAGUAUGUGGAUGCAACCAAUCUCCAUCCACGCCUAUGGCCCAGAGCAUGUGCCGCUGCAGAAAGGCUGUGGAGUAAUGAGGAGAUGACCUCUAAUGUGGAUCAGGCUUUCCCUCGCCUAGAGAAAUUUCGCUGUUCUCUGAUCAGGCGUGGUAUCCAAGCAGAACCUCUGUUUGUAGGCUACUGCAAAGAUGAGUAUAGGGGUGUGUAAAGUAUAGGAAUGGACUGAGGCAGGAGUGAAAUUUUAUGUUGCACUUGGAUUGCACUUGAUUUUUAAAUAUUUUGUUAAUAAUAUUAAAUCAGAGUUGAAAUUAUCUAAAAUGCUAAGUUAAGAAAGCAGCGUUUCUUACAUUUAAGUACAAUUUUAUUUAAUUUCAGACAGUAAAAACCCAAAAUAUUUUAUCUGUUCAUCUUCAGUUUCAUUUGUUAAUAUGCACACACUUCAGGAAUUUAAGCCUGAAACACAUUUCAAAUAAGUUGCAACAGUAAAGCAUUUACCAUACAAGCAUUGUUAUUUUAUCUAAUUUAUCCUGCAAACAUGUCUUGAGGUGUGUAAUAGUAUGAGCUUGUCAUUUUUCAUUUAAAAUUUCUCUACACAUUCUUUAUUGGAGACAGGUCAGAACUGUAACCAGGACUUUCUAGUACACCUACCUCUUCUUUCCCAGCCAAUGCAUUGUUAUUGCGUGCAACAUGUGGUUUUGCACUGUCUUGUUGAAAAACUAAUUGAUGGAAUAAAAUGGUGUCUUAAUUAAUGCUGCAUUAUAAAAGUAACCUGACAAAAUCCCAUACCAAGACAAACCCCAGCUUUUGGACUUAUCUAUGCUGCAUUUUUUUUAAAUAUGCCUUUAUUGACGAGCUUUGUUCCCUAAAGAUAUUAACCUUUGUGCUUAUGGUACUUUUUGUACCUGUUGACAUCGCCUAUUUAAAUUCAUAUCUAAAUGUAGUAUCUCAUAAGUAGCUUUAAAUCUCCCUAUUCCUAUCCUUUUUGGAAUGUGUUGCAGGAAUGAAUGUAUAGUAACAAAUGAAAUGAAGCUAGCCAGAAGAAACACGAAAUAUUGUGGUUUCAAACAGUUUGCAAUGAAAUAAGCCUGAAUGUUAGAAUAGUGUUUUCCUCAAUGGGCUGUAUAAUGUUUUUUGUAUUUUCUAUAAUGAUGUACAUGAUUUCUAAAAUAAUUAAACUGUGACUUUCAACUUUUAA